AUGGGCGUUCUACUACGUCGUCGAGAUUGUUACCACACCGUUCAAGGCGAGGUCUGCGAUGGCAGCUCCUGGUACGACUGGGGUCGCUGGAUCGCGUUUGCCGUGAUAGUCGGAGUAGCCUUGAUCAUCUUCUUCUUCUUUGCAUGCUACAACGCUCGCCGUCGACGCGGACGAGGCCUUCAACCUCACCCCGGCACUGGCUGGAUGGCCGGACCCCCUCCUACCUUCCAACAAUCACAGCAAGAGGCGCAGACGCAGGCGCAAAACCCCUACUAUGCAAACCCCUACUACCAACAACAACCGCCGCCACCGCAGUACACGCCGCACCCGCAGGCCUAUGGGUAUUUCGGAGGCCAACAAACAGGGAUCGAGUUGCAACAGCCGCCAAACGCAUACCACGGUGGCGAACGGGUCCAUCAGCCACCUCCGGGACCGCCUCCCCAUCCCAAGGUGUAACACCGCUGGGAAAUUGGCUCUUGGUGAAACGACUCUUCUCUCUCACCCUCUCUCUAGGUACAAGGGGUUUCCUUGAUCGAUCUUCUUUCUUUUUAUGUAAUUACCCAGGCGUCUUUUGAGCAUCUGCUAUUCGGAUAUGUCGCUCCCUGCUGCGUCUCAUAGCGUUCGGCUAGGAAGGGAUACCAGAGGGAAUGUAUGACGGGUUUAUGAGUUUCUUUGUGUCUAUUUUCUCCCCUACCUUCUGUUUUUUUUUUUU